AUGCUCCGCCUCCGAAGCCGCAUCCUCGCCCACCUCCUCUUUUCUCCCGCCACCUCUCCCCACCGCUCCCCUCAUCCAGCCGCCUCGCACUCCACACUCCGCCGCCUCCUCCUCUCCGCGGCCGUUCCCCCACGCACCGGAUUCGCGGUACAUGAGUACCUCGUCGAGACCUGCGGCCUCACCGAAGCCCAGGCACUCAAGGCCUCGGCGAAGCUCUCCCACCUCAAGUCCCCCUCCAAGCCAGACGCCGUCCCCGCCUUCCUCGCAGGCCUCGGCCUCUCCACCGCCGACAUCGCCGCCGUCGUCCCCAGGGACCCGCGGUUUCUCUGCGCCGGCGUUGAGAGAACCCUGGCCCCCAACGUCCUAGGGCUCGCCGGCCUCGGCCUGUCACGCUCGCAGAUCGCGCGCCUCGUCUCGCUCGUCCCCGGCGAAUUCCGCCGUAGAUCCAUCGUCUCCAACCUACCAUACUACCAGUCUCUCUUCGGCUCCUACGAGAACCUCCUCCGGGUGCUCAACCGGAACAACUCUCUCCUGGGAUGCAGCCUCGACAAGGUGGUCAAGCCCAAUGUCGCCUUCCUGCGGGAGUGCGGGCUAGGUGAUUGUGAUAUCACCAAGCUGUGCUGCAAGAACACGGGGAUUCUUAGCAAUAACCCGGAGCGCGUCCAGGCGAUGGCGGCACGUGCCGAAGGUUUAGGCGUGCCCCGCAGCUCUGGAAUGUUCAGAGAAGCGCUGAUGGCUGUUGCAACCAUGAGUCAGGAGAUGAUUGCCGCCAAAGUGAAUUACCUCAAGAACACAUUCAGGUGGUCAGAAGCUGAGGUGUCCAUUGCUGUUCAUCGUUCUCCGAUGGUGCUGGUGAGGUCUAAGAACAUGCUGCAGAGCAAAUCAGAGUUCCUUAUCUCUGAGGUGAGAUUGGAACCGGUAAACAUUGCUCAUCGACCAGUAAUGCUUGGGCUCAGCCUGGAGGGCCGGCUCAGGCCCCGACACUAUGUUAUGAGGUUUCUUAAGGCAAAUGGAUUGCUAGACUGCGACAGGAGCUACUUUUCUGCAGUCAUGGUGACCGAGAAGUUAUCUGCUAUAGUAUGUCUGGUACAUGUUAAUUUUAUGUUGCUAAUCGUGGAUGAAACUGAUAAUAUGAUUGUGAGUCCUUCUUUCAAUGCGCAGUAUUAUGAUAGGAGAUUAACCUCAUUGGUUCUGAAUGAGACGCAGAUGAAUUUUCAUGGCUACGGGUGGACAGUGGCGAAGGGGGCAGGCCCGCGAGAGGGCAGGGUGGAGAGCGGGGUAGCCAGCUGA